AUGGACUGGUACAGCAUGAGAUCAAAACGAAGCUCUGUCCCAGGAGGAGUGCCAUACGGGAGCGAGGGGUAUGGAUUGUCGUACACCAGCUCCAGGCCGACCCCGACGGGCCAACUGCGCUAUGGUGGAAGCAACUACUCGGGCGGCCCCAAUUCGAUUAAUAGCAACCCAAUCCUCGCAGGGAGUAGCGAUGCAGGUGCACACGGAUUGGGUGCUAACGUUGGUGGCAACAGCGCUAGUGGGCCUGUAGGUACAGGCACAGUCGGAGGUGCCACAGGUUCUGCGACUGGAAAUGGUAACAUCAGCGCCAAACCUACCGGUAACAACUAUAGUAAUAAAUCUUCGUACUAUCUCUCGCUGUUGCCCCUCAACUGCUCCGAUUGGGUGUAUCACGCAGGAGUAGAGAAGGACUGCAUCGCUCUAUCUUCAUACAAGGAAGACUUCACCAAUAAGCUAGAGAUAAUCAACGGUGCGAGUUACGGAAGGGAAGCUACAUACGACUACGAAGAUGAACAGUUAGCGGGCGAAAGUCUAGCACUGGGCUCCCCUGGCUCUCCGAGCAUGGACGAUGGUAGUUUGGAAGGGUUUGACUUCCACAAGAUCUGUGAAAUAGGUACCGAUUACCCCAUAACACACUUGCAAUGGGAUCCUUCCAUGACCAGAGGGUUGAGUAAUGUCGAGAGAUUGGCCACCUCGCUGGAGGUAUUCAGACUUUACCAAAUAGAUCAUGACCUUGAGAGUCCCAGCGAGUAUAAGAUAAAACAAACGCACAUACUUGCCAAUAAUGCAAACAACUCCUCUGGGGAGUCUACGUCAAUGUCGAACAGUAACAACAGCAGUAGCAGUAGCUCAAAUAGCAAUGCUACUGGUAAAAAUGACGAUGCCAACACUUUCCCGCCCGUAACUUCCUUUGACUGGAACAAGACUGAUCCUUCUAUAAUUAUAACGCUGUCAGUGGACACUACAUGCACGAUAUGGGACUUGAACAGAUCACAUCAGUUAAGUAACUCUAUGGACACAGCGUCUGUAAAGACACAGCUUAUCGCACAUGAUUCAGAGGUGUUUGACGUCAAAUUUAUACACGAUUCAGUGAACAUUUUUGCAUCUGUCGGGAACGAUGGGUCCAUUAGAGUAUUUGAUUUGAGGUCAUUAGAGCACUCUACGAUUAUAUACGAGCCACCAUCUUCCACGAUGCCGUCAGUCAAGACCAAUAAGGCUAUAAAUGGUAAUCUGGCGAACUAUCCACACCACAACUCACAUGCGCUACUCAAGUUGUCCACGUCCAAUGUUGACCAGCAUCACUUAGCUACCAUAGGAGUAAACUCCAACCAAGUGAUUAUAAUAGACAUGAGAAUGCCUGGAGUCCCAGCGGCUAAACUAGAUGGAUCCUUUGAUGGAAUCAACUCAACUGCCAUUAAUUCCAUAAAAUGGCAUCCGAACUCGAACUUUUUGUUGACUGGUGGUGACGAUUGCCAGGCACUAGUUUGGGAUUGUAAUUCACUCCCUAGUUCUGGUGGGUCAACUGCAGGCGCAGUUGAGGGCUUGGAUAUGCCUAUUUUGGCAUACGAUUCGGAGCUAGAGGUAAAUAAUGUUACUUGGAGAGCAGAUCUGGGAGAUUGGCUUGGCGUUGUUGCAGGAAAAGGAUUCCAGGCUGUUCUGUUAUGA